AUGGCGUACACCCACACCGUGCUGCGCAAUGCGAGGAGCGGUAAUGUGAAGUGGACCCUGCGAGUGGCGCUGGACCGUGAUACCUAUCAUGCGGGAGAUAUUCUCCAAGCCAACGUGUUCUUGUGUGUUGUCGAGCCUGUACACUGCAACGGCAUCAUUGGGUUUAUACGCGGCGAGGAGAAAAUCACGUGGGCGGAGAAGUCCACACGCCGCGCAGUGGGUGGCGAAGUCUACAGCCAGCAGAACGAGUUCUUGAACGAUAAGAUGAUAGUGGCCAACCCCAGGAUGUACGGUCCGGGCGAGUACAUUUUCCCGGUCGUCUACCAACUCCACAGCACGCUGCCGGCCACCUUCCAGCUGAACUACCCACGCCCCGUUGGCAUCAUGAACGGCGUCCACGCUCAGCUCGGAUACGUCUUCCACGUGUACUUGAACGCCAAUCAGGGGGUCGUGGUUGAGGCACAGCAGGAGAUCAUUCUUCAGGAGGCGGUUCUGCCCGCCAGACCGCUCCUGGGCCUUGAAGUGGCACCUGCUCCAGCUCUCGUGCAUGCAGCGCAGCCAGGCGUAUCGCCGCAGGGUAAUGAUCCUUUUAUCUCGGCCUCGCUGGAAAAGCCAGCCUUCCGUGCAGCUGAAACGGUACGGGUGCGGUGCCGCGUGAACUCCCGAUCCGGCGGUGGUGGCGAGUCCUUUGCCGCGUUUCUGAGGCUUUAUGAGGACAUUAACAUCACGGUGGCGCCGUCCAAGCGCAGCGAGGGCAGUCGGCUGCUGUGCGAGCGGCGAUUCCAGGUCAAGGCGGGCGCGGCGCCUUUCGAACUCGCGAUGGAGCUCGCGGUCGGGCCGGAGGGGGCGCCGUCGCUCGAGCGCACGUUCAGCUCUAGUUUCGUCGAGCGCAGACAUCGCCUGGCCGUGGAGUGCAUUCCGCCCGGCAGCAACAGCGCCGUCAAGUCCGAAUUGGGGCUCGUCAUCCUGUAGACGAGCGCGCACGAGUGGCUUCAGUGGCGAGCGUCGAAAACGACGAUCUCUCGCUCGAAGGGUUCAACGUAGCGCAACGUCAGGAGCUAGCCGGUGGAGUUGAUGCGACGGAGGUAACGUCACGAGGCAGGCUCGCAGGUUUGUCCUGCAAGCGAAGGCAAGGGCUCGUGGAGCACUGCACGACGACGCCAAGCAGCUCUGGGCCAGAGUCUGCUGGUGUUCAACUUCAGAAGUAGCGAUCUCGGCGCAUUUUUUGCAGCAGCCUCUUUUUGUGCUUGAGCUUCAAUUUGGAUAGCGCGCCCGCUGAGACUGUAACGAUAACAACAACUG